ACACAAGUAAUUGAGAAUGAUACCAACUUAUUUACAUUUCUUUUCCUCUCCAAUGUGGAGAGAAAACUUCAAUACAAGUACAAUGAAAUAAGUCCAAACUUUAGACAACAAGAUUAUCAAUUAGUUCCCUACCCUUAGUCUCUAUUGAGAAGAGCAGAACACUGGCUGCUGAUAAAACAAGAACUGCUUCAAAAAAUAUGAUUGCAGCCAUUUGAUGGCACCCUUAAUCAUCCUAGCGUGCGCUACCGGGGCGCCGCUAACCUCCACAGAAUCUCCCUCGGAAUUUUAUCGUACGCCAUUUUCAAGGUCAAUGAACACCAUAUGCAAGUUCUUCUUACUCUCCCUCCACUAGCCUCCUCACCAGAUGGAUAGCUUCCGUCGUCGAACGGAUAUAGCUGCAUAAUAAAGCAUAUUAAAUUGACAAACUGAAGUCUGUAGACGAGGUUUUAAGCAGCGUUUGCUUCUAAUGAGCUAUUGGCCCCUGAAAAUUCAGCCCAAACUUUAGCAGUUAACAAAUCAGGAUACAUUUGAGAUGGUUAUUCUACACCAAAAUCAGAAAAUCAAGAAUGGUUAACUCUGAACUCCAAUCAUCACUAGACGGAGAUGGCACGGCAAGAGGAGCAGGAUGUCUAUACACUGGAUGAAGCACUCACAUCACUUGGUUUUGGGAAAUUCCAGUAUUUGGUUUUGUGUUAUGCUGGUCUUGGUUCCAUGGCUGAAGCUUUUGAAAUUAUGAUUCUCUCAUUUAUAGGACCAGUGCUAAGGUCAGAGUGGGAACUUUCUCCUACUCAAGAAAGUCUUAUAACAACUGUUAUUUUUGCUGGUAUGCUCAUUGGAUGUUAUUAUUGGGGCUUUAUCACUGACAAUUAUGGAAGAAGGAAUGGUCUUCUGAGAAUUGCAAUAGUGACUGCUGUGCCUGCAGUACUGACUACAUUUUGUCCAAAUUAUAUUUGGUUUCUCGCUCUACGUAUGAUGGUUGGAUUUGGCGUAGGCGGAGGUUAUGUAUACGGAUCUUGGCUUCUAGAAUUUGUUCCUUCAAAAAAUAGGGGCAUGUGGAUGAUUAUCUAUUACGCGUAUUGGACAAUUGGAACAAUACUUGAGGCUUUAUUAGCAAUGGUGAUUAUGCCAACAUUAGGUUGGAGAUGGUUACUGGCUUUAUCAUCAAUACCAUCAUUUGCAGCACUUUUCUUGUACAUUUUUACAGUAGAAUCUCCAAGGUAUCUAUGUGCCAAAGGUAGAAUAAACGACGCGUAUGAUAUUUUGAGGAAAAUAGCUGAGGUCAAUAAGACAGAACUUCCCCCUGGAAUGCUUGUUUCUGAUGAAGUGACUGACCUGAAUGAGGAAUUGCUUUCCCCUGGAGAAAACAAAACCUCAAGUUUUAACUCAGGCUUCUCAUCGCUACUGAUGCUUUUGUCCCCCUCGUUACGAAGAAAUACCCUCCUCAUAUGGGUGGUUUUCAUUGGAAAUACAUUCUCAUAUUAUGGCAUUAUAUUGCUAACCUCACAGUUUAGCAGUGAACAAAGUAGACAUUCAUCAGUUGCUUUGUAUAUGAACAAUGAUCAGAGCCUCUAUAGGAAUGUGCUCAUCACUAGUCUUGCAGAGAUUCCUGGGCUUCUUAUAUCAGCUAUAAUGGUGGAGAAAGGUGGUCGGAAAUUUACUAUGGCACUUAUGUAUAUCUUCUGCAUCCUCUUCCUUUUACCGCUUCUUAUGUCUCGGCUUCACGAGUCUUUAACUACGACUUUACUAUUCGGGGCACGUAUGUUAAUCACAGCAAACUUCGACAUCUCAUCUGUCUACUGUCGAGAGAUAUAUCCAACGAGUGUAAGGUCAACUGGUAUUGGAGUGGCAAGUUCUAUGGGAAGAAUAGGGGCGAUGAUUUCUCCAAUCAUAGCUGUGCAAUUAAUAAGGGAUUCUCAUCAAAUGGCUGCAAUCAUAUUUUUUGAAGCAGUUCUUGUUUUAUCAGCAACAUGUGUUCUGUUCUUCCCAAUAGAGACCAAGGGAAGGAAACUGAUUGAUACUCUUGUUGUCUAAAGUUUGGACUCGAUCUAUCUUACUUGAAUUGAAGUUUGCUCUACAUUGGAGAGGGAAGCAGAGAAAAUAGGUUACUUGUGUAAAUAUUUCACUUCAUGAAACUACUCUUGGUCUGAUCAUGAAAUAAAAGUUCUUAUUUUUGGG